AAUAGUAGUACAUUUCUGUUUUGAUACAAAUUUGUGUGAAUCAUUUGUCCGCAAAAAUGUACACGGAAAAAUUAGUCCACAAAAAUUGUCUGUGAAAUGUAGUCGAUUAAAAUGCCGGCGGAUAAACGCAUAGAUAAAAAAAAAAUUUUUCUUAAACUUUAAUUUUAGCUCGUCGAAUUAAGUCAAGAUCAGGACACUAAAUCUAUUCAACUUUCGCUUGGCACGGCAUCUUUGCCAUCUCUUCUUAAACAAUUGCAGGACGAGUGGGACGCGACGAUGCUGAAUACUUUUACUUUACGUCAAGAACUCAAAUCUGUUCGAGAAGAAUUGACGCAUGCUCUAUUUCAGAAUGAUGCAGCCUGUCGUGUUAUCAACCGUCUGAGUAGUGAAUUACAACAAACUCGUCAUAUUAUUGCUACAUUACCUCAUGGACGAGGCAAAAAUGUUGAAAGUGAAGUUGAAGUUACUGAUGUUGAGAUGCAUCAAGAUGGAGAAGGGCUUCCUGGAAUUGAUACGGAUUUGAUUGAGUUCUUCACAUUAAAAAGCCAAGAAUUCUCAUCUUCGCGUAAACAAAAAGGAAAAAAUUUGCCUGAAGACUUGGCAUCUGUUGAAGAUGUUAAACGAUAUGAAGAAAUUAAAUGCCACGAUGCUUUGCAUAGUGCAAGUGUUCCGGGAAUUACUGCUUUGGAUUUGCAGCAAAAUAUGAUAUUAACUGGUGGUAUUGACAAAACUGUCGUUCUAUUCAAUUCUCAAACGGAGACCGUUGAAAACGUUUUCAAAGGAAAUCAGAAACGUGUUAAUGCAAUUCGUUUACAUCCAAAUUUGGAAACUAUAGUUUCUGGAGGGCAGGAUUCAAAGAUUCGAAUUUGGUUGGCUAACGAUCCAGAUGCUCGUAACGUAAUUAAUAUUCACGACCAGGCAAUUACUGAUGUCUCUCUUCACCCAACUGGAGAUCACUUUCUUUGUACUUCAGACGACUCGUAUUGGUCAUUAACUGAUUUAAAUACUGGCAGCCCGUUAAUUAAGGUCAAAUCUGGUGAUGAUGAUGUCUCUUUACGUUGUGGACAAUUUCACCCUGAUGGUUUAAUUUUUGGAACUGGAGCAAAAAGUUCAAUAGUUAAAAUUUGGGAUAUUAAAGAACAAAAUAAUGUUGCACAAUUUCCUGGACAUUCAGAUUCUGUUUGUGCAAUAUCAUUUUCGGAGAAUGGUUAUUAUUUGGCUACUGGUUCUUUGGAUGGAGAAGUUAAAAUUUGGGAUUUGAGAAAAUUGAAGAAUUUGAAAACUAUUUGUCCUUAUAAUGCUAAACAAGCGGUAAAUGCACUCACAUUUGACCAAUCUGGCGCUUAUUUAGCAAUUGGUGGGGCAAAUGUUCAAAUAUUUCAAGUAAAAUCAUGGAAUAAAAUUUAUCAAUUUGAUGGACAUACCCAAGUAGUUACUGGAAUUAAUUUUGGAGAAAAUGCAAAAUUUGUUGCUUCGAGUAGUUUGGAUAAGACUGUUCGUAUUUUUGGGUUAAGUUGA